UAAUCUACACAUAUGCUGCUAUGUAUGAUAAUUUAUGUAACUGUAUUUAAGUGUACCUGAAUAAAAACUUACUUACCUAAAUCAAGUUACAAAGAAGAAGAAGAAGAGUGUGAUGCCGUCACUGACCCUAUAAACACUAACAAGAAGAAUUUGGCGGAGAGUGAGUGAGAGUUGAUGAAGAUUGUUACAAGUAUCCUGAAGACACAGUGUAGUGAUGGCCACACUGACUGAUGUUUCACUGUCUUCUACACUUGCUAAGACACAGUUAUCCCUCGCUGAUGUUAUGUGUCCAAUAUGUCUGUCAAUAUUGGUAGAGCCGGUGACACUGCCUUGUUCACACUCCCUGUGUAGGCCUUGUUUCAACCAACAUCUAGCCAAGACUUCCCUAGAAUGUCCAAUAUGCAGACGAAGAAUUAGUGUGUGGGUACGCCAUACUGCCAAAGCCAAGAGAUUAGUCAACACUAAACUUUGGAAGAAGAUUCUAGAAAACUUUGCUGAUAAGGUAGAAGCUCGUUUACAUGGAGUGGACGAUUCUGAUACUGAUGAAAAGAUUGUUCCAGUACAUCACGUGAGUGCUCCUGGGGAGAUCCGUCAAGAAUACGAAGCUCUUUUGGCUCAGCAGCUUCAGGAGGCAGCUCUAGAAAAAUCCCAGGAAGAAUUAGCAUCUAAUAAACUAAUACAGCAAUUACAGGAGGAGGAAAAGAUGCAACUUCGGGAACGCCGUAAACAGCAAGAACUAAUGGCAGAUGGUGACGCUGCUGUGGCGGAGCAGGUGAAGGAAGCAGAAAACAUACUUUUUAAAGAAGAGAUGAAGCAGAUUCAACAGUUGUGUGCCAGAGAUGAAGAUUUUGCUCGGCAGAUUGAGGAGGCAGAACGAGAAAAAGUGCAGAAACGGACAAAACAAGCUGACAAGGGUGGCAACAUGACUAACAAAUCUGUUGCAACACCUCGGGGUCCUAUGGAUGUUUAUAUUGGCCAGAAGACCCCUCGAUCGUGUGGCAAGCUGAUUGUUGCACCUAAAGCAAGCUGUUCAUCACCUGCUGGUAUUUUGACAGCAUCCGACAAGAUGGAAGCUGCAAGCCAAGAUAUUAACACACCUACUACAUCCACAUCAAUAUUAGGCACUUCCUCCACCAGUUCCUCAAGAUUACACAUCUUAAGUAAAAUCCUCAAUAAUAGAUCGGAUAGAUUGGACUACGGACUUGGAAGACAGUUGAGGGAGAUUACUUCUCAGAGCUCAGAGUCCGAGCCAGAAGAUACGACUUUGGCUUCACCACUACGUAAGCGUCGUAAAACAAUUAGUAUGUUCGACAAGGAAAAUAUGCAAAAGAAGAAAAAAAAUAGCAUUUGUGUUUGUGAGAAGGAAAAGGGAAAACUCAUAGCUAAUAAAACAUACAACAGCCCUGAUAUAGAUAGUUUUAAUGGAGCCAUUGCUACCAUGAAUUACGAAAGUAUUCACAGCAGCCCUGAUAUAGAUAAUUAUAAUGGAGUAAUUGGAGUGAAUUAUAAUCAUGUUUCUGAAAAGGAUGAAGAUAGUGAUGAAACUGAUUCAGAAGAACUUGAUCAUACAAAAUCUCAUCCUGUAAUCAUGGGAGAUGAUUCGAACUUAGUUGGAAAUUAUACUGGUAGUCAAGUAAAUGGGCAUCACAAAAUCUUAAAAGGCAAUACAGAUAUUUGUCACUCUGAUGAAAGUGAUGAUAAUCAGAUUGAGAGAGUUAGUGAAGCAUAUGACAUACCAGCCUGUAAUCAAUCCCUUGAGUGGAAGACACUAACUGACAUAACACCGAUGCUUACUAGCCAGGAAGGCAAUCCAGAGUUAUUAGCAGCACUGGUUGCUGAGCAGUGUGAGGCAGAGGCCAGGCUUAAACAGGAAGCAGAGGACCAUCUCUUGGCAGAAACUUUACAAAGAGAAUUUAACAAGGAAAGAAAAUUGAUAAACAGAAGCAGAGGUUCCGAAGACGAAUACAAAUUGCGAAAUCGUAAAAAUUCUCAUAAGUCCCACAAAGCAUCAUCUGUCUUGGUGGGAAAGUCAUCACAAAAGAAAAACCGACAACCUACAUUAAAGGAAAGUAUGGCCAAACACUGUAGAACAAAAUGAAUUAUUGAGUGUGCAUGUACAAGUACACUAAGCUUUUAUUUCAGGUGCAGAAUUAUUGAAAUGUAAAAUUAUUUAUGUAUUUAUAUACAUUUAUAUAAAUGUAGGGCCCCAUUUAUAUGGUGGGUUAAGCUCCAGGCUACUGCCGUAAAGUGGAAUGCCCUUUUUUCCACUUUAAAUGCAUAUAAAUGUCAGUUUACACUAAUAUAGACUAAUUUAACAGUAGAGCCAGGCAUUAAAAACAAUAAAAAGUAAAAUACACACACAGUACACCUACAUGAAAUGUGACUUAUAUUUAAAGCACCCCAGAGAGAUUAUUAUGUGGCUCGCGCAUAGAAGAGAGGAGCUUACGACAUGUCUCAGUCCAACUUGGACCAUUUACAAAGUCACACUAAUGAAAAGGAGAGGAGGGAGUAUAUAUAGGCCAGCAGACAGGGACGGGACAAGAUAAGUAGUAGGAAAGGAGGAAGAGAGGUAGUAGUGGACGUAAUAGUAGUAGUGGAGUCAGUCAAAUACUAAGAAAGAGGAGCACUGCAAGGGAGCUAGGUGCCCACAGAGGGGAAGAAAAAUAAUAAAGAACAAAUACCUAAGGCAGAAGAAAGAAAACUGAAAGGAGAAUUAGGAAAGAGGAAAGGGGAAGAGGGAGAAGAGGAAAACAGAAUCAGGUUAAGUCAUGGGUGUUCUGAAGUUUGGAGCCUUUUACAAUGUAAUGGGAAAGGAAGGCAUCUACAGAGACAAAGCCAGGACUAUGAUUCAUACAAGGACCAAAAUGUUGUUGUAAGCUCCUCUCUUCUAUGUGCAGGUUAUUUGUGUAUUAUUCCGGUUACGGUAUUGUGCCUUUUUUUUUUAUUAUAUGGCUCAUUUUUUUUAUGUCAUAUGUAGCUCUGCUCUGUGUCCAGAUAGUUCAAAUUCUCUUUCAUCUGCCCACAAAACUUGGGCCUAGUUAACUAGGCAGGGUCAGCUCUGUAUUGUAACUUGUAAGUGAUCAAUUUUAUUCUACUGCUACUUUAUGCCUUCCAAUACUGGCAUCUUUAUUCAAAGUGGAGAGAUGGAUGGAUUCCAAAACAUAUCAGGAUAUUAUAGAAGAAUAACCUGGUACCCUCUUAUCAGGCACAUUAUCUGCCAAUGCAUCUUACAGCAACAUAACCCAAAGUACACCUCCAUGUCUUCACUAAAGUGGUUAAAGGGACACAGUUAAUGUCAUAGUUCUCAGACCCAACUUUGGAAGGAAAAAUUGUAGUAUAAAUUGAAAAAUGUCAUCUACAGAUAAGUGUGCAACUUGGAUUGAGUGGAAAAAAUCUGCAUGGAGACAGUCAUUAUCUCCUGGGCAGUCAAAAAAAAAAAAACCUAUUGAAUUACUUGCACUAGUAAA